AUGGCGCCGAGAUAUACACUGUCGGACUCGGAAUCAGAGGCGGAGGCUGCCGUUCCCUCCGACCAGGCAUUGGAAAAGGCACUGCGCAAGGAAGUUACGGCGAAAUACAAGGCGAAAAAUUUCGAAGAACUCACCGUGAAGCGCGUGCGCCACGCCGUCGAGCAGAAAUUGGGUCUUGAGCAGGAUUUCUUCAGGAAUACUGGCGACUGGAAAGUGAAAAGCGAGGAGGUUAUCAAAGAUGAAUUUGAGAUACUACGAACGAGUGCGCCAGAGCCAGAAUCCGAGCCUGAGCCUGAGCCUGAGCCAGCCGCGUCAUCGCCCCCUCUAGAACCGAGUCAGAACCCAACGAACAAGCGACACAAGGCCGUAAGCACACAGAAGCCGAGAAAGCGCCAAAAGACACAAACACCAGUUUCGGAAGAAGAGGACGAGCUAUCGGAACUACCUGAUGCGGAGAGCGAGGAGGAAGAGGUCGCAAAGCCCAGGAAGGCCGCACGACAAGUGACAAAGACUACCAAGACUAAAAAGCCCAAAGAACCUUCGCCGGAGGCAGUUGAAAUAUCCCAUGGCGAGGAGGAGGCUGUUGCGACCAACCGCAGUGCAGAAGCUACCAAAGAUGAUUCCGAGAGCGAAAUGUCCGUUGUGCUAGACGAGGAGCCGAAGCCCAAGGCCGCGCGAAAGCGUAAAAGCAACGAGGGCGCUUCAAAGAAGGCUGCCCCGAAGAAAGAAAAGAAAGCCGCCAAAGCCAAGGAUGAGGACCUCGACCCGGAUCAAGCAGAGAUCAAGCGGUUACAAGGGUGGCUGGUUAAGUGUGGAAUCCGCAAGAUGUGGUGGCGGGAGUUACAGCCAUAUGAAACUUCAAAGGCGAAGAUCAAGCAUCUCAAACAGAUGCUGGAAGACGCGGGAAUGAAGGGACGAUAUUCCCUCGAGAAAGCUCGGCAAAUCCGUGAUGAGCGGGAACUCAAGGCGGAUCUUGAACAGAUCCAGCAAGGUGCGAAGAAAUGGGGAACAGGCAGUGGAGACGAGGGUAGUGAUGGGCCUGCACCGUCACGCCGCGCGGCUCGUGGACGUCAAGCGCUCGCGUUUUUGGAAAGUGAGGGAGAAGAGAGCGAUUAA